UCCGCAGUGUUAUGCAGAAAUACCUUGAGGAAAGGGGUGAAUUAACCUUCGACAAGAUCUUUCAUCAGAAAAUUGGAUUUUUGCUUUUUAAAGACUAUUGCAUGAAUGAGAUUGAUGAAGCUGUCCCUCAGCUGAAGUUUUAUGAAGAGAUAAAAGAAUACGAGAAACUGGAUUCUGAGGAUGAGCGUCUGACCCGAAGUCGGCAGAUUUAUGACAUGUACAUAAUGAAGGAGCUCCUGUCCUGUUCCCAUCCUUUCUCAAAACAAGCUGUAGAUCAUGUACAAACACAUUUAGCCAAGAAACAAGUGCCAGCCAGCCUUUUUCAGCCAUAUAUAGAAGAAAUUUGUGAUAGUCUCCGAGGAAAAAUAUUUCAAAAAUUUAUGGAAAGUGACAAGUUUACUAGAUUUUGUCAAUGGAAAAACGUAGAACUAAAUAUUCAUCUGACCAUGAAUGAUUUUAGUGUACAUAGAAUAAUAGGAAGAGGGGGAUUUGGUGAAGUGUAUGGUUGCAGAAAAGCAGACACUGGAAAAAUGUAUGCAAUGAAAUGUUUAGAUAAGAAGAGAAUCAAGAUGAAGCAAGGAGAAACAUUAGCCUUAAAUGAAAGAAUUAUGCUGUCUCUUGUCAGUACAGGAGACUGUCCUUUUAUAGUGUGUAUGACCUAUGCCUUCCACACCCCUGACAAACUCUGUUUCAUUCUGGACCUGAUGAAUGGAGGAGAUUUGCACUACCACCUCUCCCAGCAUGGAGUGUUUUCUGAAAAAGAAAUGAGGUUUUAUGCUACUGAAAUCAUCCUGGGUUUAGAACACAUGCACAAUCGCUUUGUUGUAUACAGAGACCUAAAGCCUGCAAAUAUCUUGUUGGAUGAACAUGGGCACGUGAGGAUAUCAGACCUUGGGCUGGCUUGUGAUUUCUCCAAAAAGAAGCCACAUGCUAGUGUAGGUACCCAUGGAUACAUGGCUCCAGAGGUGCUCCAGAAGGGAACAGCAUACGAUAGCAGUGCAGACUGGUUCUCGUUAGGCUGCAUGCUUUUCAAACUUCUGAGAGGUCACAGUCCUUUCAGACAGCACAAAACCAAAGAUAAGCAUGAGAUCGACCGGAUGACGCUCACCGUGAAUGUGGAGCUACCAGAUUCAUUUUCCCCUGAACUGAAGUCCCUUUUGGAAGGGCUCCUGCAACGAGAUGUUAGCAAGAGACUUGGAUGCCAGGGAAGAAGUGCACAAGAAGUAAAAGAACAUCCUUUCUUCAAAGGCAUUGAUUGGCAGCAAGUCUAUUUACAAAAGUAUCCUCCACCAUUGAUUCCUCCCAGGGGAGAAGUAAAUGCAGCAGAUGCUUUUGAUAUUGGGUCAUUUGAUGAAGAGGACACUAAAGGCAUUAAGUUGCUCGAUAGUGACCAGGAAUUAUAUAAGAACUUCCCUCUGGUAAUAUCGGAGCGUUGGCAGCAAGAAGUAGCAGAAACUGUUUAUGAUGCAGUAAAUGCAGACACAGAUAAAAUUGAGGCCAGAAAAAGGGCUAAAAAUAAGCAGCUUGGCCACGAGGAAGAUUAUGCACUUGGGAAGGAUUGUAUUAUGCAUGGAUACAUGCUGAAAUUGGGGAACCCAUUCUUGACUCAGUGGCAGCGCCGUUACUUUUACCUCUUCCCCAACCGACUUGAAUGGCGAGGAGAAGGAGAGUCACGGCAAAACCUACUGACAAUGGAACAAAUAGUCUCUGUUGAAGAAACACAAAUCAAAGAUAAGAAAUGCAUCUUACUGAGAAUUAAAGGAGGAAAACAGUUUGUCCUACAGUGUGAGAGUGACCCGGAAUUUGUUCAGUGGAAAAAAGAGCUGACAGAAGCUUUUACUGAGGCACAGAGGUUGCUGCGUCGGGCUCCAAAGUUUCUCAAUAAAUCUCGCUCAACAGUUGUAGAGCUUUCAAAACCACCACUCAGCCACAGGAAUAGCAAUGGUCUGUAGGAGAAACAGAGAACAAAGUUCACUUAGGGAAAGCUACGUUGUGAACAUAUUGAGUUUCACAGAAUCCUUAUGAAUUACUUUGUGCAAUCCUCAACGCGGGAUGUGCUUAGAAGAGGAAGAAUUAGAUGUUUACAGCGUGGGAUAAUGUCAGAACUCUGUCUCUGGAGGUUGUGAAGACUGGAACAAUGGCAAGUGAAUUCAUGCUCCUAGCAGUGGUGGAAAUGAUCAAGUGUAGAGGCUGCAUAUUGCUCCCACGCAUUCCCGCACCCUGGCGGUGUCUAAAACGUGGUCCGUUACUCUAGAACUACUGAUGGAAGGAAGAUGCUGUUUUCUCUGCAAUACCCUUGUUUGGUGCGUACCAAGCCUGGAGACUGAAAUGGUUACUGCUGGCUAGGAUCACACUUGGGUGUGCGAUACCGACAAACCCCUCAACUGUGGAAGGAGCUGCAGACUUGCCAUGUUGGAUAACCUUUAAUCUGUUGUGUUGCCAUGUUCUUUCCGACCAUUACUGCUGACUUUAUAAUAACCUUUCUCCAUACUGCUGAUGAUCAACAGUGUGACUCUUAUGCACUUCAAAGUACUGAAUUCUAACUGUCCUGUGGUUUAAAUGUUAUUGCUACUUCAUGGAAACAUUGAACUCAAAUUAUUCACUUAGUUUGUUGUACUCAAUAAUAGUAGCUACCACCGUUUUGCUUCUUCUACGUAUAUGCAGUACUAUAACUGACACAAUAGAGUAAUAAUUGGUGAAGAGGAAUUUAUGGUAGCUUCAUCUAGUGCUCUGUUGUAUAAAUUGACUAUUUUAGCACAGUUUUUAAAGAGCAGAUUCCUUUUGACAAGUUUACAGUGAACAUAAAGACAGUUCUUUUCCAUUUCAGGUCAACUGCACUUUUUAAAAAUUAAAAAGAAAUUAUUCAAAUCCAAUGCAUUCUAGUGCAUGUACUGGGUUAAAAUGUCUGGGUACCUCGGUACGUAUUCUGGAUCACUGUUCAGUUAUGGGACUUGUAGAUCCUUCUCUGUUGUACACAAAAACAUUAAGCAAGUGUGUUCUCAUAGCGUAGAUAUCCCAGACUUUCACUGUAGCUCAGCUCAGGAGGUUCGUGCACACAUCACACGGCUCGGCUUGCAAAAGGAUUUUUAAUUUUCUUUUCUAGAGAGUUCAAACUGUCCACAUUGAAAACAGUCUGAGAAUACUGAGGAUGGAACUGACAAAACGAGCUGAUCAAAUGCCAGAUUUAUAUUAAUACUACUUGAGACAUCAGUCGUGUCAUGUGGAAACUCUUGCUAAAGUAAAGAUAAUCUCUUAACUGUUAGACAACUUUAAGCAUGUGAAGUCAGCCUUUCCCUGGUUAUUGUGAUGUUUUGUAAGAGAUAGGUCAGGGCUUAAUUUAAGCUUUUUUCUGAUUCAGUAAUCACCUUAGAGAACAUUUUCUGCCUAAUUACGGUCGUGCAACUCUCAUGGUCCCAAAAGACGAUGGGAAUUGCAUCUCCGUAAAUGGGAACAGAAGUUACACCAACAGCUUACUCUGUCCACCUGGUGUGCACGGUUUGUUUAGCUUGUGUUGCUAACAGAUAACCACAGAGUUCUAGAGCUGUUCCCUUGUAGGAAAGUACAAAUUGGCAAAAAUAGGAGAAUUAUUUUGAAAGUAUUUGUUUAUCCUGAGCACACUUGUAAUAAAAUUGGAUGUAUUUGCUUCUAGAA